GUCCAGUCCGUGCAAGUGGAUGGAAAAAAAUGCAGCUGCAGGAAAAAUGGCUACAAACGCCGUACUGCUAAAAGGUUUUUGAAGACGCUUGUUCUCCAUUAUUUUGAGCCUCACUGACAUUUAAACCAUUACACUCAUGGCACUUUCAAGUUGACACAAUGGCCCAGAUAUCUAGUGGCAAUGGGUUCAAACUGGAUGUCCCCCAGAUCAAGGGGGUUGUGGGUAAAGAGGAAGCACUUCGCAUGGAGGAAGAGGCUUUAGCAAAAUUGCAAAGGGAGAAGAGGCCCACUCUUUCACCAUCAACAGCUUCAUCUUCCUCUGCAUCAUCCUCAUCUACAAAACCAAAACCUUCUUUGUCCACCGCUACUGCUCCUCGACCUUCACCCUCCGGUAGUAGACCAGAAAAGGACCUCAUAGUUUUCCCAGAGACCAAGAAACAAGAGGAUAAGGACAAGUUCAGGGAUAUCGAUGUGGACAAACUAACCAAUGCGGAACUUGAAAAGCUCUUAUUGGAUGAUAACUUUGGGGCCAGUAGCAAAGCGUCCCGCCCCUCAUCACUGUUUGGGUUCAACCUUAGUGCCUCCUACCCUGGCGGCCAUACCUGUAGCCCCUUACCCUUUCACAGUGGCCAGUGGACACCUGUUCUCUCCACACCCUCCAGCUCCAGUGUGUCGACUCCCACUCAUCAGCCAAGCCCUAUGUUCCCUUCUGCUCCAUUUCCUAAGCCAAGCACCUUCCAGAAUGGCUUCACCCCGGCCAUGUCACCCUUCAUGGCCAUGUCAGCCCCGCAGCCUUCCUUCAUGGCGUUCACGCCCAUUCAGACCACUGCUCCCAUAGUCUUCCAGCAGCCUGCCGUUGACCCAGAGAUGGCUAAACUCUUUAACAAGAUUGCCAGCACCUCUGAAUACUUGAAGAACGGCAGGUCGGCAAGUACCGACCUGGAUUCUGGGGCAACCAGCACGGUUUCUCUGGCACCCAACCCACCGCCCCAGCAGACAACAGUGGCAGAUCCCCCUAACAUUAGCUGCUUUGAGUGGCUGGAUCUGGACCCGCUUACCAAACGUAAGGCUGAGGGUGAGGACACCUUCCCAGCCCCAGGGGGAGCUGUUAUAGUCACAGGAGGGCCUGCUGGGGAUCCUUGGGAUGCUGUGCUAGAGACUGAAGGGAACAGCAGCAGCAGUAGCCCCCCAUCAGUUCCACUCUCGGUUCGCACACAACCCCGGAGGGCAUCGGCAGGGGCAGCUGUCACUAGGAGCCACUCCCUCAACAUCCCAGGGUCAUCCUUUCAGCACAAACCAAACAGUCCGGAAAAGGGAAGAGGCAAAGGAAUGACCAGGAACUUGGCCUUGGAGGAAAUGGAAGCUCAAAACCAAGAAGUUGUCGCCUUCUGUAAAGAUGUAGCAGCCCUAAGCUCCAACUUCCCUCACAGCGACGCGUCAACCAACCCUGGAUAUGUCCUCAGCCCUGUCAUCAUCCAGAGGGAUGAUGGAGGAGAUAGCGGCUGCUCUGUCAAGGUGUCCAUUGAGAUUUCUGACUCUCAACAGCCAGUCACCUUUACUUGUGAUGUGAGUUCUCCAGUGGAGCUGUUGAUCAGCCAGACUCUUUGUUGGGUCCAUGAUGAUUUGGACCAGGUGGACUUUGCCAGCUACCUGCUCAAAGUGUGUGGCCAGGAGGAGGUUCUGCAAAACAAACACAGCCUGGGCUGCCAUGAGUAUGUCCAGAACUGCAGGAAGUGGGAGAGUGAGAUCAGACUACAGCUGCUCUGUCACGCUACCAUGAGAAAGGAUCUGGCGCGCACAGAAGAAGAUGACAAUUCUCGGAUAGACUUGGAGAAGCACCUGGGUCAGGUGGAGAGACCCUUCAAGGAGAAUGUUACUAGACAGAGCCUGGCUGACUAUCUGGAAGGCUAUCAUAAUCAAGUCAACAUCUGCCUGCAGAACGAGAACACCCAGUAUAAGACAGUGGACAGGGUGGUGCAGACAGUCAAGAAUGUUUGCUGUGCUCUGGAUGAGGUGGAGACCCAGGCCAUCACUGAGGCCAUCAAGAGGCUCCGGCACUCCAUCAACCUGCCCAGGACACGCUCACCAGAGAUUGGGUCCAGAUUGUCUGGGGGAUCAUCAAAUGGUCACGCUAGUCCAGUAGAGGAGAGCAUGGGCCUUCUGACAGAGGCUGUCUAUGACCUAGCCAAGCUUUACCUUCGCUCCUUCUGCCCGGCCUCCUCGUCCCACCUCAGCUCCUCCCCCUCACCUAAGAUGGCAGACAAAGAGGCCGCAAAAAGUAGAGACAGCAAGGAGGCCUCGGGCACCACAGACCACCUGCAGUUCACCGUCUACGCCAUGCAUGGAAUCCCUGCCAACUGGGUCAGCAGUUAUGAAAAAUACUACCUGAUGUGUGCCCUCACCCACAAUGACAAAAACCUGUUUACACCAGUCCAGUCUAAGAAAGUAGGAACUUACAGGAGUUUCUUCUACCACAUCAAAUGGGAUGAACUGAUCAAUUUCCCCAUAGCUGUGGCUGUGCUCCCAUUGGAGUCCAUCCUGAGCUUGUCUCUGUUCGGGGUGCUGAGCCAGAGCACCAGCGGCUCCCCAGAUUCCAACAAGCAGAGGAAAAGCCCAGAGCUGCUGGCCAAAGUCUCCAUGCCGCUCUUUGACUACAGACAAGUAUUAGCCAGAGGGACCAGGCUGUUGUGUGUAUGGACGUCUCCCCAAGGAGCUGCUGCUGCCGCCAGCUCUGCAGGGACCCGUAAGAGAACGCUGGCAGAGAGAAUCAUACUACAGGUGGACUUCCCCAGUCCAGCGCUGGAUGUGCUGUAUGUAGAGCCACCAGAGGCCCCCAGCCCAGAGCCUCUCACACUGGAGGAACUGGACCCUGACCUUCGGCGCAAGCUAGAGAAAAUCUGCCGCCGAGCCUCUGCCUUUGGGCUAAAGCGAGCAGAGCAUCAGCUCCUGUGGGACCAGCAGCUCUACUGCCGGCGGGACCACCCUAACAGCCUUCCUAAGGUGCUGGCCAGUGCGCCCAGCUGGGACUGGGCUAGCUUGGCCCACAUUCAGUCCCUGCUACACAGCUGGCCAAAUCUAGCCCCUGUCACCGCCCUGGAGUUGCUAGACUCAAAGUAUGCACGCAAGACACCGGGGUUUGCAGACACAGAGGUGAGAAACGUAGCUGUCCGUUGGAUUGGGGCAAGCACUGACGAUGAGCUGGCUGACUACCUGCCUCAGCUAGUACAGGCACUGAAGUUUGAAUGUCAUCUGAAGAAUGCCCUAGUCAUGUUUCUGCUCUCCAGGGCUCAAGGCAACAUCAACAUAACUCACCACCUCUACUGGCUGUUGAGGGACGCAGUACAGGACCCCGCGUGGGGCCGGCGUUAUGAGCAGGUCCUGGGAGCUCUGUUGUGUCUGUGCGGGGCAAGGCUGAGGGCAGAGCUUGACAAGCAGACACGCCUGGUAACUCUGCUGGGAGCAGUCGCCGAGAGGGUCAGACAGGCUGGAGGCUCCACCCGACAGGUAGCCCUGCAGGAGGGUCUGGAGAAUGUUCAAAACUUCUUCCAAAGGAACAGCUGCCGUUUGCCCCUCAGCCCCAGCCUGGUGGCAAAGGAGCUCAACAUCAAGGCCUGUUCUUUCUUCAGCUCCAAUGCAGUGCCCUUAAAACUAGCCCUGGUCAAUGCUGAUCCACUGGGAGAGGAGAUCAAUGUCAUGUUUAAGGUGGGGGAGGACCUGAGACAGGACAUGCUAGCUCUGCAGAUGAUUCGCAUCAUGGACCGCAUCUGGCUCCAGGAGGGCCUGGACCUCCGCAUUGUGAACUUCAAAUGUAUUUCUACUGGCAAGGACAAAGGCAUGGUGGAGCUGGUGCCAUCCUCUGAGACUUUGAGGAAGAUCCAGGUAGAGUAUGGAGUCACUGGCUCCUUUAAAGACAAACCCCUGGCUGAGUGGCUCCGCAAGUACAACCCUGCUGAGGAUGAGUAUGAGAAGGCAUCAGAGAACUUCAUCUAUUCAUGCGCCGGGUGUUGUGUAGCAACUUAUGUGCUGGGCAUCUGUGAUCGGCACAAUGACAACAUCAUGCUCCGCUCCACCGGCCACAUGUUCCACAUUGACUUUGGCAAGUUCCUCGGCCAUGCCCAGAUGUUUGGCAGCUUCAAAAGGGACCGGGCUCCGUUUGUUCUGACUUCUGACAUGGCGUAUGUCAUCAAUGGAGGUGAGCGGCCAACCAGCCGCUUCCAGCUGUUUGUAGACCUGUGUUCUCAGGCAUACAAUCUGAUUCGCAAACACUCUGGACUCUUCCUCAACCUGCUUUCACUGAUGACUUCAUCAGGCCUCCCAGAGCUGACCAGUGCCCAAGAUCUGAAGUAUGUGUAUGAUGCUCUGCAACCCCACAAUACUGAUGCCGAAGCCACCGUCUUCUUCACCCGGCUGAUUGAGUCCAGCCUUGGCAGCGUUGCCACAAAGUUUAACUUCUUCAUCCACAACCUGGCCCAGCUGCGCUUCUCAGGCCUGCCGGCCAAUGAUGAGCCCAUCCUGUCCUUCUCUCCCAGAACCUACACCAUGAAGCAAGAAGGCCGUAUCCGCCAAGCCUCUAUCUUCUCCUUCCAGAAGCGAUACAACCCUGACAAAUACUAUACCUACGUGGUGAGGCUCCUGAGGGAGGGCCAGAAUGAGCCCCAGUUUGUUUUCCGCACCUUCGAUGAGUUCCAGGAGCUCCACAACAAGCUGACCAUCCUCUUCCCCCUUUGGAAAUUGCCGAGCUUUCCCAGCAAGAUGGUGCUGGGUCGCACGCAAAUCAAAGAAGUUGCAGCCAAGAGGAAGGUGGAGCUCAACAACUACGUCCACAACUUGAUGAGGAGCUCUACAGAGGUCACCCAGUGUGACCUCGUCUACACCUUCUUUCAUCCGAUUGCUCGGGAUGACAAGACAGAAGGGCUGGACGCCACACACAAAGCCCCAGAACCUCCACCACUGAGUCCUGUAUCAGGCCGGGUAGAGGGAGAGGUGAAACUGUCUAUCUCCUACAGGAACAGCACUCUUUUCAUCAUGGUCAUGCACAUCAGAGACCUGGUUUCUGAAGAUGGGACAGAUCCUAACCCAUAUGUGAAAACAUACCUGCUUCCAGACCCGCACAAGACCUCCAAACGCAAGACAAAGAUCUCAAGGAAAACCAGGAACCCUACCUUCAAUGAGAUGCUGGUGUACACUGGCUAUAGCAAAGAGACCCUGGGACUACGGGAGCUGCAACUGAGCGUGCUCAGUGCUGAGUCGCUGCGUGAGAACUACUAUCUGGGCGGUAUCACGCUCAGACUGAAAGACUUUGACCUCAGCAAGGAGACAGUCAAGUGGUACAAACUCACAGCAGUCCCCUACUUCUAGACUCUUCCUCCUGCCUUGAACAACUCUGCCUCUUGCCUCUCCAGAAAGAAAGCUCCUCCAGAUGCACCCUGAAAGGGCAGUGAAACUUGCCAAUGGCCUCACCCUUAAACGGGCAGCUCAAAGCUCCACCGCUUCACCUCACUCCAUCCCUCUCUCUCCAUCUCUCUCGCCUUCUCAGAUUAAUCAAGGUUGUUUCUGUGACAAACAGUCUUAUUUUGAUUUUUCCUUUAACUAUAACAGAGAUUUGUUAUAUUUUGUACAGUUUGACAUUAGAGGACCAAAACAACUUACUUUCAAAAGAAUUUAUAUAGAUUUGAUGGAUUAAUUUUUAAGAAAUAGAAGGGGGCUCAUUUUUACAUUUUCAUUUUUUUCCCCUUGUAGACAAAUAGGAGGCAUUGCAGUUUCCUGCUUUGUAGGAGAUGACUGGGUUGAGUAUUUAAAAAAAAGAUCCCUAAAAGUUAGUAGUGACUCUAUGUUUCCCCAGGUAUGUGCCAACAGAGGUGAGGAGGAUGGCAAAUCAAACCACUCUCCCAAAUGGGAAACUGAACAGGGUGCCUUUGUUUAUGCUCAGAAUCGCUUUUUAAUUGGCCUUAAUCCCUGAAUAUAUUUUAUUAAUGUGAUCUUUCCCUAUAAAAAAGGAAAUUAUAUAUUCUGUAAAGUCUUGUCAGUAGUUCUUCUGGAGUGAGUCGGAUACCGAUUUCGGUCUUUUGGAACGAUGGACUACUAAUUGCACACUACCAGGUCUUUCUGUCAUGGUAAUACUUGACUCUUUUCACACAGCGAACCCUAUAGAUGUUACAUACUUGUAAACUGUGGAACACCUUCUUGUCAGCACUCUGGUUGGUAGAGGCUGUGGUUGCCCCAACACACUGAUUGUGUGUUAGUUCAACACUUUCUUCAGAUGGAGUAAAAACCACAGUUUGGACUUGAUAGAACUGACAUUUAGGAGCCACAAAAUUUCUGGAGCCUGGGGCAAAAGAUUUCUUUGCACAGGCAGAUACACAACAGUCCCAUCUGCUGCGCAUCCUACUGGCAAGGUAAUUAUGACAUGGGACACAUUAAGAUAACAGCAAUAAUUUGACUGCGAGAUCAGUCUAGAACAAUGUUAUUUUGUUUCCAAAGUGACAACAGGAGCCAUAAACAGUUUCACCUGUUUUAAAUUGUGACCAAACAUCAUGCCAGCUGAUUACGGAUAAGCAUUGGAGAGGCAACUUCAAUUUAACCAGGGGCCAUUUUCUAAAAAGGGAACAAGUUCCUCAGUAACUGCUGCUUUCCUCUCUACACUCUAGCUAACUAUAAUCUGAAGAUGUUUAAUAAGAUUAAGAUGAAUUUAUCUGAAAAGGUUUAAGAGUAUCUACAAGACAAUUAUGAUCAAUAUUAAGACAAUAGCAUCACUCACGCUAUAAAUACUAGUGACUUGAUCCACUCUUUGUGACUGUAAAAAGAUGCAAGCAGAGUUUGUAUUAACAUGGCCAGUUAUUUAUUCUGACCUUUAACCUGAAUGGAUCAGUGUGUACUGUAAUCCCUCUUUCAUAAAGCAAAUUAAAU